AUGGCAACAUUUCCAUUGGAUGUUGUUGCCGAAAUCCUAUGUCGACUACCUGUUGAUUGUGUCUUAUGUUGUAGGUGCGUAUCAAAAUCUUGGUUGGCUCUUAUUGAUAGUCCUGAGUUUUUUAAAUUGCAUGUCAAAUAUUCAGUGAACACCAAUUUUAACCUUUGGUUGAUCUUGAAUUGUUUUGGAUAUAGAAAUGGUUGCUUUAAGUCCCUAAACUUUGAUUCUCUCAACUCCAGAGUUGUUACUCCCAAAGAAUUGACCAACCCUUUAAUGUCUUAUGAGUCUAAUACCAAGAUUCUAAUACUGAUUUGGAAGAGAUUACCUUAUGGAACCCCGUCAACAAGGAAAUACAAGAACUUACCAUUUCUCAAUCAUCUUAAUGUUAAUCUUGGUUUGGGGUAUGAUGUUAUCAAUGAUGACUAUAAGGUUGUUAGAAUUGUGCAAUUUUUGGGUUCUGAAAAAGGUUCUGUUCGCUCUGAUGUUUAUGUUUAUAGUUUGAGAUCAAGUUGUUGGAGAGGGGUUGAUGAAGAACUUGUUAAUUAUUACAUUCGACAUGAAGAUCAAUCGGGUACAUAUCUAAAUGGUUCACUGCAUUGGAUUGCUCGUGGUAUGAACAAAUUAGAACCACUGAUUGUUGCUUUUGAUCUUGGAACUGAAAAGUGGCGACUUGUACCGCAUCCCCCUUAUACUGGUACGCGUUUCAUUGUGAAGUUGAAGUUGGUCGUAUUGGGAAGCUCUCUUUGUGCAUACUAUCGCUAUUUAGAUUCUUAUGAGGAUUUGGGGUAUGUGGAAGUUUUAGACCAUGUGGACAUAUGGGUAAUGAAGGAAUAUGGAGUUAAUGACUCGUGGACUAUGGUUGCAUCACUUGAACAACCAGAUAAGCAAAUUGGUCGUACAGUGGUCCCACUUGCAUAUUCGAAGAACGGAGAGGAAAUUCUUGUGGAACAAAAUAAUAGGCGAUUCAUGUUGACUAGUAUUAACGGGGACUACGUAAAGAUUUUUGAUACUGAAAUUGGGACGUUACAUGGCUUUGAAGUACAUUUCAAUAGUUAUGUUUAUGUGGGAAGACUGGGAAGCACUUUUGUUACAGAGAUUAACUUGCCUAGGAUACGUAGUACCUAG